AUGUUGAUACCCUAUGUUAUCGAUAUUAAGUUUAAACUUAAAUACUAUGAUGUGCAGCCAUCGGGGCUGAAAUCGGAGUUCAGCGUAAAGUGUUUCGGCAUUUUGCAACCUCUACUUCAGGAUAUUGAAGUCAAAAAGUUAAAGAUUGAUCAAUGCGAUGAGACAAUCCAGAAAAGGGAUGACAAGCUGAUAGAUAUCCAGAACAAAUACAAUGAGCUGCAAAGAAAGCUCGCUGUAUCUGAGGCUGUGGUUCAGGAAAAGGAACGUCAAAUCUUAAAUCAACACGAUCUGUACACUUCACAUAAGAAAUCGAAUGAAGAAAUCAUCAAAACGAAAUCCGAUCAAAUUGAACUGUUGCUUAAGGAAGCAAAGGAUCAUGAGCAAGAGCUGGAUGGAUACAAAUCAAAGGUGGAGCAGCUUGAAGCACUGGACAAAUCAAAUAAGUUGCAUCGAGAUGCACACGAGUCUCAAGUACAAAAACUUCUCGCCGAUGCAAAGGAAACGGCAAAACAACUGGAAAACUACACAAUUAGUCUGCGCAGCCAAACUGAACAAUUGGACAAACUGAAAGCUGAGCAACAAUGGAACGGCAUCAAGUUCGACGAACUGCAAACAAACCUCACGGACAAGGAACAUCAAUUGGAAACCUUACAGAAGGAAACUCAGAAACUAUCGGAUCAAUUGUCGGCCUACAAAUUACAAGUAGAAACUACGGAUGUACAACUGGAAGCCAAGAAGACAACCCUUAAUGACAAGCAAUUGGAAAUCGAUCAUUUACAGAUUGAUCUGGAAUCAGCUAACGCAAGCCUCGAGGAACUGAAAACAAACUUCACAAAUAAGGAACAGCAAUUGGAAUCUUUACUAAAGGAAACUCAGAGACUAUCGGAUCAAUUGUCGGCCUGCAAAAUACAAGUAGAAACUACGGAUGUACAACUGGAAGCCAAGAAGACAACCCUUAAUGACAAGCAAUUGGAAAUCGAUCAUUUAAAGCUUGAUCUGGCAUCAUCAAAUACAAACUUCGAGGAACUGAAAACAAACUUCACAAAUAAGGAAUAUCAAUUGGAAACCUUACAGAAGGAAACUCAGAAACUAUCGGAUCAAUUGUCGGCCUGCAAAAUACAAGUAGAAACUACGGAUGCACAACUGGAAGCCAAGAAGACAACCCUUAAUGACAAGCAAUUGGAAAUCGAUCAUUUACAGAUUGAUCUGGAAUCAGCUAACGCAAGCCUCGAGGAACUGAAAACAAACUUCACAAAUAAGGAACAGCAAUUGGAAUCUUUACUAAAGGAAACUCAGAGACUAUCGGAUCAAUUGUCGGCCUGCAAAAUACAAGUAGAAACUGCGGAUGUACAACUGGAAGCCAAGAAGACAACCCUUAAUGACAAGCAAUUGGAAAUCGAUCAUUUACAGCUUGAAAUGGCAUCAUCAAAUACAAACUUCGAGGAACUGAAAACAAACUUCACAAAUAAGGAACAGCAAUUGGAAUCUUUACUAAAGGAAACUCAGAAACUAUCGGAUCAAUUGUCGGCCUGCAAAUUACAAGUAGAAACUACGGAUGCACAACUGGAAGCCAAAAGUAAAACCCUUAAUGAUAAGCAAUUGGAAAUUCAUAGUUCACAGCUUGAUAUGAAAUCAACGAAUACAAAGUUAUCGGAGUGUCAAAGGAAUAUCGAUAUGCUGCAAUUGACCAACUGUUAUUUGUUUGGCAACUAUUCGGAUAUUCACGAAAUCCGGAUUCCUGGAGUCAGUCCCUUCGAAGUGCUCUGCAAUUCAACCUUGGCUGGACCCGGCUGGACUGUCGUACAGCGUCGCAUUGACGGCAGUGAGAAUUUCUAUCGAAAUUGGACUGACUACCGCGAUGGCUUUGGCAGUUUACAUGGUGAAUUCUUUAUUGGAUUGGAAAAACUUUACAGAUUGACAACAUCUUUACCCCAUGAGCUUUACAUUCACCUCGAAAGCUUUGACAAUAAAACUUUUUAUGCUCGCUAUGCCGACUUCAGUAUUGGGAGUGAAGAAGAGCACUACGUUCUGAAUGUGUUGGGUCCCUAUUCGGGAGAUGCCGGUAACGGGCUCUAUUUUGCCAAAAAUAGGAAAUUCUCCACAUUUGAUGUCGAUAACGAUCGGGAUGAUCGUAACUGUGCCAAAGUGAGUCAUGGCGGUUGGUGGUACGAUCGUUGUGGUCAUAGCAAUCUCAAUGGACUGUAUAUGGCGAAACCAAGAAGAGCUUCAGAUGGAAUUUUUUGGUUUGGUGCAUACAAUUUCUCGUUCAAAUCAGUACAGAUGAUGCUUCGACCCAAGUUUGAAAAAAUCCAAAUUUAAAUCUAGCCACAAACACAACAUUAAUUUUCUUUUGUAAAUUUUGUAAUACAAAAAGCUAUUAUUAAUAAAAUGUUUGCCUAUUUUUUUUGAA